CGCUACUGGGUAGAAAACCAAGUCUUCUCUCCUUCAACACACAAACUAUAACUCUAUAAGGAAUUGGAGAAAGAGAAGAAGAAGAUCACACAUCUCUCUCUCUCUCUCUCUCUCUCUCUCUCUCUCUACACUCCCAAUACCAUACUUCAUUCCGCCGUCGUCCACAGGUUAAGAAUUGAGGGUUUCCAGAUGGGAAAGAGUUCAAGGAGCAUUGCGGGCAGGUCAGCAACGUACCAGAUUUUCAAGGAUAGGGCCAAGAACCGGGUAGAUGAUCUGCAAGGGAUGUUUACUGAUCUGCAGUCUCUGAGGAAGGAGAGCCGUACUAUUGAGGUGGCAGUACUUGAGGAGCAGCUUAAUCAGAUGCUUCGCGAAUGGAAGGCAGAGCUGAAUGAGCCCUCCCCGGCUUCUUCUUUGCAGGGAGGGAGUCUGGGGUUUAACACAUCAGACCUUUGUAGACUGGUGCAGCUUGGUGAGGAAGACGAUGAUGCCACAAGUGCAUUAGCUGCUCCGAAGCAUGAACCUGAUGCACAAAGGGUUGGUGCUACUGGUUAUCAAGAGGAUCUCAAUGUAACUCAAGUGCUUCAGGCACAAAAUUUCCAGUUGGUUGAUCAAUGCAAGAGCAAUCAUAUAGGUGCCAACAAUGUGGGAAUUGAUAAUAUGGGCAUUCCGGCGCAGUUAGAUUAUCAAUCAUAUGAAUUUCAACAAGAUUACGGGCAACAGUACUUCCCUGGGUUUGAUGGUGUGAAUCUUUGCCUAGAGGAUGCUUUGCCUGCAGUUCAUAUUAGUCCUCCACCUUCUGCUUUCUUGGGGCCAAAAUGUGCACUUUGGGAUUGCCCGAGACCUGCAAUGGGGUCAGACUGGUGUCAGAAGUCCCAAGACUAUUGCAGUGACUAUCACGCUUCCCUUGCUCCAAAUGAAGGCUUCCCUGGACAUACCCCAAUUGUAAGACCAAUGGGUAUUGGCUUAAAGGAUAAUUUGCUCUUCCAAGCUCUUAGUGCUAAAGCGCAGGGGAAGGAUGUCGGUAUUCCUGAAUGUGAGGGUGCAGCAACCGCAAAAUCCCCGUGGAAUGCACCCGAGCUCUUUGACCUUAAAGUUGUUGAGGGUGAAACAAUACGGGAAUGGCUUUUCUUUGAUAUGCCUCGAAGAGCAUUCGAGAGUGGAAAUAGAAAGCAGAGGUCAUUGCCCGAUUAUAAUGGCCGUGGGUGGCAUGAAUCAAGGAAGCAGGUUAUGAACGAGUUUGGAGGACUGAAGAGAUCUUACUAUAUGGAUCCACAGCCAAUGAAAAACCUCGAGUGGCACCUCUAUGAAUACGAAAUCAACAAGUACGAUGCCUGUGCUUUGUACCGAUUGGAACUAAAGCUCGUGGAUGGAAAGAAAAGCCCGAAAGGAAAAGUAAGCACCGAGUCAGUCGUUGAUCUGCAAAAGCAAAUGGUGAGGCUCACCGCAGAAUUCCCUCCCGAAAACAAGCGCCCUGUCAAAGGUAGGGCGAAGUCCAACUUGAAAGACAGUACCGGUUGCAUUCCUCCCAUACCAAACCAAAUGAUUCCUGUUUCUGAAGGGUUUGGUUAUCCCCCCGGGGCAACCUACGAUUACCUUAUUGACAAUCUGAGUGGUUACUAUCUAACGUAAUAUCAUACAGGUUUUGACAAACUCAACUGAAUCUGCAUAUCUCAUGCUCGUCUGUUUAGUGUACAUCAGUCGCAUUUUUCACCCGGCUUCACAGCAGACGAAGAAGUUUAUGAAGUCGUCCCGCCUUAGUCUCAGUGAAGAAGUGUAUUUCUUCCUGGUUAUAUGUCUUUGAUUAUACUCGUGUCCCGGAAGUUCUAACUCCUUGCUAUAAAUGUACAGAGCUAUGAACAAAAAUUUAUCGAGCUUGAAUGCUCUUUCAAUCUGUAAUGGCGAUUUUUGCUAAUCAUAAUGGAGUCCUCAGAUGGUUCUUGUUUAUCUAUUA